CCGAGGGAAAGCCGUGGUCCGCUCCGCCCCUUCCCUCCCUGGUGCCCCCAGCUCCCCUUCCCUCUGUCCCCUUCCUUCUCCGAACCCACUCCCGGGCCACCAUGGCCGCGGCCAUCGCCAGCGGCUUGAUCCGCCAGAAGCGGCAGGCGAGGGAGCAACACUGGGACCGGCCGUCUGCCAGCAGGAGGCGGAGCAGCCCCAACAAGAACCGCGGGCUCUGCAACGGCAACCUGGUGGAUAUCUUCUCCAAAGUGCGCAUCUUCGGCCUCAAGAAGCGCAGGUUGCGGCGCCAAGAUCCCCAGCUCAAGGGUAUAGUGACCAGGUUAUAUUGCAGGCAAGGCUACUACUUGCAAAUGCACCCCGAUGGAGCUCUCGAUGGAACCAAGGAUGACAGCACUAAUUCUACACUGUUCAACCUCAUACCAGUGGGACUGCGGGUUGUUGCCAUCCAGGGAGUGAAGACAGGGUUGUACAUAGCCAUGAAUGGAGAAGGUUACCUCUACCCAUCAGAACUUUUUACCCCUGAAUGCAAGUUUAAAGAAUCCGUUUUUGAAAAUUAUUAUGUAAUCUACUCAUCUAUGCUGUACAGACAACAGGAAUCUGGUAGAGCCUGGUUUUUGGGAUUGAAUAAGGAAGGGCAAGUUAUGAAAGGAAACAGAGUAAAGAAAACCAAACCAGCAGCUCAUUUUCUACCCAAGCCAUUGGAAGUUGCCAUGUACCGAGAACCAUCUUUGCAUGACGUUGGAGAAACGGUCCCGAAGGCCGGGGUGACGCCAAGUAAAAGCACAAGUGCGUCUGCAAUAAUGAAUGGAGGCAAACCAGUCAACAAAAGUAAGACAACAUAGCCAGAUCCUCACAGGUGUUGUGACUUACUCGUCCUGAGCACAGUUGAAGGAUUUAUCCUGGCCAGACAUUUCUGCUUCCGUGGCUGAGGAGCAGCCGGAAGUAAGCGGCUGCUUGCUCUUUGCUGUCUCGAACUUCUUGGUUGCAAGUGGAUAAAUCUCAACCUGUUGCACCCCCCACAGCAAGAAGACACCUGGAUAACCAGCUAAACUCAGACCAUGGAAUGCCCUACCAGAUAUGGAAUGCCUUUUUAAUAUAUUUUCUGUGACUGUGACACUUCAUGUGAAUGACAUACUUCACAAGUACACUCGAUACCUUGCCUGCUGACAGCUACCCAUAAUCCUUUUUGAGUCCUGUUUCAGCGAAAUCCAUGUGAUUAAGUUCAAUUUUGUAGCACACAAAUACUAUUGAUUCAUUUCUAGUUAGAAGCUGUAAACCUGUGCUAUUAUGGAUCCCCUUCUUCCCGUUUUUACAGGGCUGCUCGCUCCACUGUUUGUGAACCUUUGGCAGGGAUUGUGUUCCUCUAAAUCUUAAAUGUUGCAGUUGGCUUAGUUCGGAGAGUGAUCAGGAAAUCAGGAAGCCUUCUAAACCUAUUAUUCCAAAUUACAUCUAUAAAGAUUAAGAGUGUUGUCUCUGGCUCACACUAUUAAUUAAACACACAUAUAAGCUCUGUUCAGUAGCAGGUACAGUGCUCCUGAGGUCGGCGUUGCCCGGGUGAGAAAUGGGUCAAACACAGUCCAUGGGAAAUUCUCAGUGAUAUGUGUUUGACAUCCCCCUCUAGUUUCUUUGUGUGUGUGUGUGUGUUUUAUACAUAUCACAAGCUUACUGGUAAUGGUAACAUUUGCCUUGCCCAGCGAGCAAGACCCACUGGUUUUUUGAGAAAGUGGGUCCAAAGAACUCUGUAGGCCUUGUAGGCCUGAUUAAGGUUCAUUUUUCAUCUACUAAUCCUCAUUAUUUGGGAAAAAAAAAUCAAUAAUUACAACCUACCAGAGUUGCGCUACCUAAAUCCAUUUCAGAUAUAAUUCUUCCUGUUUUUAAUGAACCGAACUUAAUGCCAUCCCGGGUUUUGGCUGCGUUCCACUCAUACUCAGCAGAGCAUGGGCAAGGCGGCUAUUGUGUUCUUUUCUGCAGCAGCAAUGCAAACCUUAGUUAUAAAUUAGACUUUAAUAUUUUUGGUGUUUAAUGACAAGUUUUUAAACUGGACACAUUAGGAAAAAAAUAUUUUUUUUAGCUCAGCAUGCUGAGUCAGGUACUGUGUAUUUCACCAGUCCAUACCUCUAACUCAGCGCAUUGGGGCCCAGGUUGCCCAAUGGCUGGGGUAGAGGUGCCUUGCCAUGAUCUCAGAAUGCAGUCUGUUGAAUUAUUCUAGAUAAAAUUAAAGGCCAACCAACACGAUCAAGCAUCAGGUUUUUGGUCCAUUCAACUGAUUUGCUUUUGUUUCAUUUGCUCUUUUAAUUUCCUUUUAAAUAAUUCUGAGCUUAGGAAAGACAACUACCAAGAAAGGCCAUGAACGGUUAACUACGCAGUGAAGAAACCAUGCAAAAUGCUCAAUAUUGGAUAUAAAGAGUUUCAAAAUGUUUAGUACUAAACUGUUUGGAAAUAUAUUUGUUAACUCUGUGUAUACUUAAUAAAAUUUAAUGUUUUGUCCUCAGAAGAGUUAAUUGAGACCAAACUGGACCUCAUUUAUAGAAAACUAUAUGUGGGAUCAAUACACUGGCCUCUUGUUAUUAUUUCCAUGUGGAAGGAUGACCCAGUUACCAUUUCCCCCCCCCCCAUCUGCACUGUAUUUAUUAGGAAAUUAUUUUGUCACUGCUCUUCUAAGUCUCCAUGACAGCCCUUACCUAGCAUUUUAAAAUAUUAGCCUGCUUAGCUGAUUAAAGAUUUAGUAUAAAAUUAACUGUUUAUGCUUAUUUCAUUUUCAUAUUGGAUUCCAUUUUAAUAAAUAAAAAGUUAGCAUAAUGUUUGAGUAGAUUUAUUGUUGAUAAUGCUGAAGUACAAAUACAACAAAAUGAUUUUUUUUACUGUUCUCGAUUUCUUGUUAUGCUAUUUUAAAGCCUAUUGUUUUUAACAGGAUAAGUUAAAAUACAUUAGAUGGAUUUCAUUAACCAAUUAUUUAGGGAAGAUAUAUAUUCCAUAAUAUGUGGCAAAUGAAAUAAUUUAACUUGAAAAUUUAAUGAUGGGCUUAAAGACACUGCUGACUCCAACACACACGCGCGCGCGCACUCACACACACACACACACACACACCAAUUUGUUUUUGAUAAUCAGCCCUACUUGCUGGUUUUUUUCCCCUGGAAGCCUCUUAUUGGUUAAAAUUAAGACAAAAUUUAUUUUUCUAAAUGACUGAGAUUUAUGUAAAUGUGUACCUCUGUUUUUUGUUUUUGUUUUUGUUUUUUUAAUAUGAGUUGUCUAUAAGGACAUUUAUCCCUAUGAAAGGAUGUCAAAAUACUUUCUUCUAACAUAUGUUUAGACAUAUUGCAGAGGGGUCCUUGUUAUUUGUAAAUUAGUUCAAUCAUUUCCUUUGUGUCUGGUCUCACCUGUUGCAUGGGACGAGGACAGUGCUGACAAACUGCAUGUAGGAUCUGAUCUGUGUUUCAAGAACUGUUGGUAUGUAUUGCUCAAUUUACAUACAAAGAGUUUGCAUUGUACAGUUUCUGUGUUUAAUACCAUCUGUUGUAUUCACAAAUACAACACAUUGAAUAAAAUAUUUAUAUGAAGACAUAUUAUAAAACAUCAAACAACUUUAUGUAAUGAAAUGGCAUUGCAUCACCCACAAAUAUAGAGAAAUGUCAUGUAAAAAAGUUGGUAAACUCAAUUUCUCCUUUUACCAUGCCAAAGAAAAUUUUAGCUCUUUCAUGAUACCUCUCUUGCUAUUUUUCUAGGAUAAGACUCCCCCAUUUUUUCCCCUCAAAAAUCAAGUUUGCUGUGAUUAAGUGCAAUCUGUCACUACUGAUGUUCUCUAGAGUAAAUCUGAUGGAAUUCAUCUGUACUUGCACACCGUGUGUUUUGUACCUCCAUUUACAUAUGCUGAUUAUAGCGAGUCAAAUAUCACAUUCUUUUUUGCAUGCAGACCUGGCAGGGAAAGGUUAUUUCUACUGAUUUGUUAUGGUGACUGAUUGCUUCACCCAUCCCUCAACAAUGCUCGGGAAUAUUAAUGGUUUUGAUAUUUCAAGUGAUACCAUUUUUAUUUUCUUAUAAGUUUGCUUUCUAAAAUGUUGGGCUAUAGCUUUACUUGGAAAAAUUAUAGAAGAGAUGCAAGUGGUCCACCCUAUGUAAAGAGUAAAAUGGUACUGAGCAUCAUUAUAAGUCCUGGAGAAUUUAGAGAUUCUUGUUCUAAAUAUUUGCUUGUCCUGAGUAUUGUAGUGCAUGGGGUAUCUUCAGGAGCUCCACAAUGGGCCCAUAAGACUCCUGCUGCAGUCCUAAUUGUUUGCCUCUUGGACAGUAAGCAUAGUUUAUCACAGCUAGCCAAUUGCUUAAUUGAUGCCUAAAGCACUAAAGCAGCCAGAGGUUUUUGGGAUGACUAAUAUCAGAUUUAGUUUUCUUUAAAAAAUAACAAGACAGAACAAUAAAGAAAAGAAUUUCUUGUUCUAUAAGUUAGACACGUAUCACUUCAUUUAAAGUUUUCUCGCUAAUAUUACAUAAGGAGCAUUAAAAUUUGAAGGAAAGACCAGAUUGAUUAAGAAACCCAUUUUAGAAGGAAGUGAAAAUAUUUGACAAUUAUUUUCAAUUUCAUUUCAGAACAAGACAAUAUCCAGGGAAAGCAAUUAAGCUAAAUCCAGGCACAUCAAAAUCCAGAUGUGAACUGAACUGUGUUACUUUGGAGUAAAUGUACAUUUCAUAGCUUAGAUUUCUUAGCUUGCAAGGUGGAACACAGCCUGUUGACUGUCUUGAAUACUGAGAAGGGUUUCAAAGUUUUGAUAAUGAGUCUGCAGACAAAAGCUGAGUUGUGUUUCAUUUUUGUUUUUUCUUGGCUUUCUAAUUCAGUCUAAUCCUGAUGUUUGCUGGCAGAGACUGUGUUUGCGUUUGAGAGGUGGAGGCUAUUCCUUUCAAUGGGCUGCAGGAAUCUAGAUUUGCUCAAGGAAUGCAGAAAGAAAAAAAGUGGUAUAAUGCUCCCCUCUUAGGUCUUAGGACCUUCCUCGAAUUUUACUGAAAAGGCCUUAUAGGAGAAUUACUCAGUGAAAGUUUGCCAAGCAAGUAGGGUUUGUGCCAACACCACUUACAAACUGGUCGUAUCCUUCCCAAUUGACAUUAAUCGCACUGUAGCAUGGAACAAACUUGAACAAACUAUUGAGAUUUACACAUGUUCCCUCCUCCUAUUGAAAGUUUGUUCUUGCCCUGCCUUCUUUCAAAGAGAGAGUUUCUAACAGUAUCAGUAUCAAAAGUCAAAGUACCAAAUCACAUUUAAGAAGGGUAGAAUGUAUGUCUUUACAUGUAACUAUGUUUAUUUUUUUUCUAAUUUAAACACAUCCAUUAAAUCAUUUCUUAAUAGAUCUAUUGAUGUUUGCAUUGCUAGAGUCAAAAUCACACAUACCCACACACACACGAACUAUUACAGCAGAUGAAAAAAAGUAAAAAGAAAAUAUUUUUGUUUUAAAGGAAAAAUACUCAUUAUAGUUUAGGUACCAUGUCACUUGUGCUAUAACUUAGUUUCAGCUCAAUAAUUUGUAGCUAAAUGAACCCAGAACGUUGUUGAUUGUGAUAUAUUUUCACUUUGUCAAAAAAUUUGGAAAAAUCACACUCUGAAUUUUAUAAUAUAAACAUUUCUCCAUACCUUAAUGUUUUCUUAAACAAAAAAAACCAUAAUGCUGAAGACAUUUUUUUAUAUUAAAAUAUAAACAGAGAAACACUUUUUUGUAGUCGUUGUUGUUAAUGAAAAGCAUUGACAAAUAUAGAGAACUACAAGAAAAAUAAGACAUACCUAAGGUUAUGUGAGGAGAUACAGGAAAUGAAGGUUAGUUCCAACAGAGCACAGGUUGGCAAACAACCCCUCGGCUGUGAGUCAAAUCCAGCUUGCAAUCUGUUUUUGUGUGGCCCAGGAGCUCAGAAUGAGUUUUUUGUUUUUUUGUUUUUUCUUUUUUACAGUUUUAAAGUAUCCAAAACAAAUAAGCAAAGAAUAUGCAACAGAGAUAUAUGUGGCCCAAAAAGUCUAAACUGUUUCAUAUCUGGUCCUUUCCAUAGAAAGCAGAGCUCUGCAACAGGAGACCUGAAUGUCAUUUGUACUAUGGCGGCUAGAUCAUGUAGGAAAUUCAGAUGUGUCUAUCAUCGAAUAAGUCAUCAACAUUGCUUCUGAAUAAUAAGAGGUUUGUUAGAAGUUCAAUACUUAAAGAGGAGGAAAGAAUAUAAUAAUCUAUAUUUAUUUCUUAAUUGCUUAUGUUCCUCUCAUUUUACAAAACUGAUAUACCAAUUGACAUACUUAACGGUAGAGAUACAACUAAUAUGGUUGCACUUCUUAAUCUCAGGAUAGAGAUAACAAUUUUAUAAAUCUAUUAAUUAUGAGAAUAACAUUAGUACUAUAAAAAUCAGUACCAGUUACAUUUUCUCUUAAAUCAUUUUCAAUGUUAAAUUUUAAGUAACUCGGCAGAUACAUAUUUAUAUUUUCCUUAUUUUUGGUGAUUUGACUUAUAAAGUCCAAGCGAUGAUUCUCAAAUAUUUACAUCGUUAAGUAAAAUUUCCAAAUAAAAAUUUUUGUCUUAAACAAUAUGGAAAUGAUUUUGUUAAUUUAUUCUGGGAUUUUACAAAAAUAUAAUUCUCAUUUAGAGAAAAGUGGGUCUGUUUCAGCUCUAAAUAAUUAAAGUUUGUCUAAACUAAUGUGUAUAAGUAGAUUUAACUAUAAAUAUAUAAGGGAAGUCCAAAUUAUUGUAUGUUUUCAUAAUUCAAUGUGAAUUUCAUGCAGAGCAAAAUUUCACCAUUAAGAAAAUAAACAUUUUGUUCCUAUCACUGAGUGAAUAUUUGUAAUUUCUAUUUAAGCCAUUUCUAGAUUUUUUUUUUAAUUCUCUAAGCUUUUGAGACUGGUGCCAUUUUAUCAUAGUAUUUCUUCUUGACUUCUUAUGACCCUACUUUUCCAGCAAGUAAUAAAUGUAUUCUUAGACAUAAGAGAGCCUUUUAAGACAAAUGAAUGCAUAUUUCAGGCCCAUCAUACAGCUAACUAGAUAUUAUCUUUUUGAAAGGUGAGUUACCAUCGAGUAACUUAAAUAGUGAAAAACCUGAUUUCUAAAUGUUCUAGUAACAGAAAAUGGAUAGUCUUGAAUAACAAUUCUUUUUUUGUUGUUAAUCAUCAGUUGGUAAAUACAUAUUGACACAGUGUAAAUAACUAUGUCAGUAUUUAUUAAAAAUGUUAAAUUGUACAUUUUUCAUAACCUCUUUCUUCAUCUUAACAGAAUUUUUGUCUGUGUGUGAGUUUAAACUGAGACUGGAGAAAUGACUUAAUGACUAAAAAUGACCAGUCUUUUUUUCAAAAGCACUGGUGAUCUGGCUUCUGCCCUAGCACACCGACAUUAUACUUCAUGUGUGUGUGUCUUCGUUGUCCCCAUACCGAAAUGCUAAAUGAUAUGGAAACCAGGAAAAAUAUGAUUGAUGGAUUUAUAUGAAGAUAUAUCUUUUCCUUAGAUUGUAAAAUGGGCUUUCUCGUGUAGGGAUGUGCAUUUCUAACAACCAUGUAAAUUCAGCAUUUUUCAACUCUGGAACUAUUGACAUUUGAAAUCAGAUCAUUCUUUGUCUUGGGCGGGGGGGUUGGGGAGGGGUGCUGCCCUGUGCUCUGUACAAUGUUUAGCAGCGUCCGUCCCUGGCCUCUACCCACUAGAGAUGCCAGUAGCACACCCUCCCACCCUACCCAGUGUGACAAUCAAAAUUGUAGACAUUUCCAACUGUUUUCUGGGUGGCAAAAUUGCCCUUGUUGAGAACCACUGAUGUAAAUUAUGGAAGGAAAUUUCUCUCUGGUGUUAUUUACAUCAGAGUGUGCUUAAUUUAUUUUUAAUGGGUACCCAGGUUUCAUUCAGGCAUUCAGAAAUAAAAAAAACAAACAAAAACAUACAACAGUCUGUUUGACCUGUCCUCGUGGUGAUUAUACAUGGUUUCCUUUGCAUUUAUAUGUUCUAAUGGCUUAGAAAAUUAAGAAUCA